AUGUUCAAAUCCUACAUAAGCACCAAACCGGAGCUGCGCAGACUUGCCACACUAAGCAGGUAUGACGACGAGGAGCCAGAUUGCCUUGACGUCCUUUUGCACCACCUCGCAAACUCCUCCUCCCGUACUUCACUCAAAGACCUCACUAUUGAGAAGCACAUGAAGAAACCGUCGUCAAUUCUAUUCGCAACGCUGCGCACAGCCGCUCUUUCAACGUUGCUGUCAGCAGUGGAUCACUUCGAGUAUACAGAUGACUUUCACGUUGACACAUCCUUCCUGCCGAGCUUGCAGAACGUGGUAAAACUCGACCUCUGUUUCUUCCGUGGUACAACGGAUACUCUACUCGAGAUCGCGCGCUGCUUGGUGCGAGGAGACAGCCAACACCUCGUUGAUUUCGCACUCUCACUCUCCCUCGCCGCCCUCACCCUCGCAACGGAGCCGGACCUCGUCGAGCUCGCCGAGCUCACCUCCGGCAGGCCCUUCUCCAGCGUGAAAAAUGCGAAAAUUUCCCUGUACGGGGACUAUGAGGAUUUAGCGGCGUCUGGGGCACAAGCACUGGAAGUCCUGGCUCGGGCGUGGCCUCUCAUCAGUCAAGACGCACAUGCAGACUUGACUGUGCACCACGGUUCUUCGGAGAUAUGGGAGUGGAGCCGUAAAGAAAACGGUGCGAAGGCCGGAGAGAACUCGGAUGCUGAUGUCGAGGCAGAAACAUCGUUUUGGCAAGGAGAAGGGAAGUUGUUGGGUUUCAAGGCGGAACUCGAGGAAAAAUGA